UUGAUUGUCUUGAAAAGAUUUAUUGGGCCAAAGAAGACGCUAAUUGUUUGGCAACCUUUUUUCUCGGCUCAGGUCGACCGUUUAAUAUGAAAAUAUUGGACAAUCGCCAUGUCGAAGUGUUGCAUUUAUAUCGUCCAGCUGCCCUUGGAUUCACCGAUUCUAUUGAAGUAUCAACAUCAAGUGGCCAAAUUCUUGGAAGAAUCCAGCAAAAAUACACACUUGUUUAUCCAAAUUUUAAAGUGAAAAAUCAUAAGAAUGAAACUAUUUUACGCAUAGUUGGUCCGGCGGUUAAAAUGAGCUUGGGUGAUGUUGUGUUUGAGGUGCGGUCAUUGAACGAUAGAGAAGUUGGUAGAACUAGGGGCUCGGAUAAAUGGAAAAUGUUGAGAAUAUUUUGAAUAUUUCUCAUAUUUACGUAAUUAUUUGUCAUUAUUCAGCUCGUAUAUGGCACCGAUGUAAAACACACACAACA